AUGGGGCCGCGCUGCUCGGCUUGGCCUAGCGCCAGCCCGGAGGCGCUUGGCAGGGUGGUCGCGGCCGCCCGACCUUGGUGUGGGAUCCGGGAGCCCGGCUGCGCAGGCCAGCUGGCCUGUUGCUGUGGUACCGCUGCUUGCUCCCUCUGCUGCAAAUGCUGCCCCAAGAUAAAGCAGUCUACAAGUACCCGUUUCAUGUAUGCACUUUACUUCAUACUUGUAACCCUCAUCUGUUGUAUCAUGAUGUCAAGAACUGUAGCUACUCAAAUGAAAGAUCAUAUUCCUUUUUAUGAGGAGAUGUGCAGACACCUCCAGGCAGGUGAAACAUGUGAGAAGCUGGUGGGGUACUCGGCAGUGUACAAAGUCUGUUUUGGAAUGGCGUGCUUCUUCUUUAUUUUCUUUUUACUCACCAUCAGAAUCAACAGUAGUAAAAGCUGCCGAGCGUAUAUUCACAAUGGGUUCUGGUUCAUUAAGCUUCUAGUUCUGGUAGCCAUGUGCUCAGGAGCUUUCUUCAUUCCUGAUCAGAAAACAUUUCUUGAUGCAUGGCGCUAUGUAGGAGCAGCGGGAGGAUUCCUUUUUAUAGUCAUACAGCUUAUCCUGCUUGUGGAGUUUGCACACAAAUGGAAUAAAAACUGGACUGCAGGCACACAACAGAAUAAACUGUGGUAUGGUUUACUAGCUCUGGGCACUCUAAUCCUGUAUUCUGUAGCUGUGGCUGCCUUGGUUUUGAUGGCUAUCUUUUACACACGUUAUUAUGGCUGUACCUUCAACAAGAUCCUGCUUGGUGUGAAUGGUGGCCUGUGCUUCCUUAUUUCUUUGGUAGCCAUAUCGCCUUGUGUCCAGGAUCGUCAGCCCCAUUCUGGUUUGUUGCAGUCAGGACUCAUCAGCUGCUAUGUCAUGUAUCUCACCUUCUCAGCUCUGUCAAGCAAACCACCAGAAACUAUCCUGGAUGAAAACAAUAAGAAUAUCACAAUUUGUGUACCUGAAUUUGGCCAAGGGCUGCACAGGGAUGAAAACUUGGUUACUGGACUGGGUACUACCAUUCUGUUUUGCUGCAUUUUAUAUUCUUGUUUGACCUCAACUACCCGUGCGAGCUCUGAAGCACUGCGGGGAAUAUAUGCAACACCUGAAACUGAAGUGGCUCGUUGCUGCUUCUGCUGUACACCUGAUGGAGAUGCUGAUACAGAGGAGCGUGUUGUAAAAAGGGGAGGUCAGACUGUAAUUUAUGAUGAAAAGAAAGGCACUGUGUACAGUUAUGCCUACUUCCACUUCAUUUUCUUCCUGGCUUCUCUUUAUGUGAUGAUGACAGUAACCCACUGGUUUCAUUAUGAAGAAGCUGAGAUUGAAAAAAUCUUCAGUGAAAGUUGGUCCAUCUUCUGGAUUAAGAUGAUCUCAUGCUGGGUGUGUGUCCUGCUCUACUUAUGGACUCUCGUAGCACCUCUCUGCUGUCCAACCAGACAGUUCUCAGUGUGAAGAUUUUCCAGAGCCAUUUAUUCUGUUUAAGUAUACCACAUCAGUCAUUUUUGAUGGAGGUAUCAUCUCAGCCAGACAUAUUAAUGUGGUGGUUAGUGACUUUUUCUGUCAGAAGAAACUCUAGAGCCGAAGACUUUUUUUAAAACCAUUUUUAACUUUGUAAACAGAUGGAGUCCCAAGGAAUAUGUCUAGUCAAAGGUGUUGCAACACUGGUGUAGAAGGGGAAGGAAAAUGUGUAAUGUUGCAUAUACUAGAAAAUGUAAAGUUUUUUGAAUAACUGACAAUCUUCUUUCCAAACAAAAGUAAAACAAAACAUAGUGCAAAUGCAUUUUCCUUCUUGAGAACACCAGGUGCCUUCUAGCCAAAAAAAAGUUAUUACUGUCAGUGACAUCUUAUUUACAAGGAAAGCAAUCAUGAUGCUGAUUCAAACUUCCUUGUACUGCACACCAAGUGAUACUAGUCUCCAGGAAACUUUUUGACAGAAGCAUCUACAUGAAAAAAUAGCAGAUCAAUAGUAUUUGACUACAGUGGGAGUUGGGCAAAGCAUCUGCUCAAAAAUGGCUUCUCUUACUCAAUAUAUUAAAUUAUUGUAAACAUGGAAUGAGAAAAAUGUAUCAAUGGCUAUAGAAAUAUUUAUUAUAUUAACCAGAAGGCACCUUUUUAAUUAGUUUAUUAUAUGAGAAGAGUGGUGAAAAGGAUUUCAGACAUUCAGAGAUUAUAGAAACUGUACAAGAAAAUGGUGGUAAAAACCUCUCAAUUCAAACAUCUAUGUAAGCAAAAUACUUAUGUAAUUUAAUAACUGGUCCAGUUGUCAACAAAAAAAUAAUGCUGUCUGUGCAGCUGAUCGUCUAAUGUAGUUUUGAGGGAUUUGCUUUGUAAGUGGCAGCUAAAUGCAGCCUGAGAAGUUUAUCCAGCGAUAUUAUGCAGGGUGCAUCCUUGAUUCUUCCUUUUUUUCCUUUCUAAAUUGAGUAUGUAUCACUGACAGAGGAAAUGCUGAACAAAUGUUAGCGAGUGUUUUCCAGUUGCUCUUAAACCUCAAAAAUGAAAGUUUAAGGGUAUAUUAACCCAAGCAUUAUUUGUUAUGCCCUCCUUUGUUACCUGUAUCUAAAUAUUUCCUUUGCCACAGCCUCAUUUUUCUGUCUUUCCUACUAACUUUGUUAUGCUUUAAAGUUCAGUGAUGAUCAGAAAAGGGACUGCAUAAUGGCAUCUUCUUAUUCAACCUGCCGCCUUAUUCAACAGACCUGUACACGUUUCCUGGGAUAUAAACUUACUACCUUUUUACUCCUCUUGGCUGUUCUGGGACAACAGCACUAUGGGGGUGGGACCUAGAGUAUUUUAAUUGCACAUUUUUCUCAGACUGGACAGCUCUUAGUCCAUUUUCAGAAUCUUCAUUGCUAGAGUUUGGGCUGGCAAUUUUAACAACCAAAUCUCGGCAUGAAUAGAACAUCCUUGAUCAGGAAAAUUACCUGCCCGGUGAACACUGUAAGAUUCAGUGUCAUUUUAGUUGCUUUUUGUGAUAGAAGUAUACUUGAAAGACUGUAGUUGCUAAAUAGAUUAAAUAUAAUUUGAAGCUUCUGAAUGUCCUAGGUUUUAAAUCCAACUAUUUACUAUAAGAUUUAAAAAAUCCAUCAACUAUGAUAUGGCAAGAAGUGACCAGUUCUGGGCUAGCAAGUCUCACUCUCAGUAGCUGUAGUGUAAUGUAAAAAAGCACGAUAUAUUGAGACAAGUGGUUUGUCAACUUGCCAUCAUGCCUUGAUCGUUCUAUACUGCAAUAACUGUGACAGUUAUUUUACUGCACAGCUGAUAAAUUGUCAUCUGCUGUGAUGGACUUGUUCUGUGAACACUUUCUCUCUGGUGCUGCCACUGUGCCUACCUGGGCACUGAGGUGUAUCUCCUUCCUGCCUGUCUCCUCCUAAACCUCUUCCAUAAACAAGCCUUACUGAAAUGCAACCUACCAUCCGUGAUGGCUUCCAGUAUUGCACUCUAGUAAUUCAGAUCAACAUAGAUGUUCUUUAAAU